AGCUGCAAAAUCUAGGUGCAUUGAGUCUUUCCAACAACAAAUUAUCUGGUUUUCUUCCAAAGAACAUUGGCAACUGUGUAUAUGUUCUUGGAUGGCAAUUUGUUUGAAGGGCCCAUUCCUCCAUCUUUGAGUUCAUUGAAAGGUCUUCAGGCAUUGGACAUAUCUGACAAUAAUCUUUCAGGUGGGAUUCCAGAAUUUCUUGAGAGCUUUGGGGCAUUACGGUAUUUAAACGUCUCUUUCAAUGAUUUUGAGGGAGCGAUACCGAGUGAAGGAAUAUUUAAGAAUGCAAGUGCUACAUUCGUUGGAGGAAACGAUAAGCUUUGUGGAGGUAUCCCCGAGUUACACCUAUCUAGAUGUAACACAAAAAUAUCCAAGAAAAGAUUAAAAAUUGCAAUUGUUGUUCUGAGUUUGGGACUGAUUGCGUUAUUCUCUUUUCUCCUCAUCUUAUGGUUUAGAAAGAAAAAAGAGCAGCAGUCAAUAGCAACUUGUGCAGAAAAUUCGCUUUUACAAUUAUCGUACCAAAGCAUCCUAAAGGUUACUAAUGGAUUCUCUGUGCAGAAUGUGAUUGGUUCGGGAAGUUUCGGUUCUGUAUACAAAGGAAUUCUUGAAGAGAGUGGAACAUUGAUUGCGGUAAAGGUGCUUAACCUUUUUAACCAUGGAACUUCGAGGAGUUUUUUCGCUGAAUGUGAGGCCUUGAAGAACAUCCGGCAUCGGAAUCUUGUCAAGGUAUUAACAGCGGUUUCAGGUGUAGAUUACCAAGGCAAUAAUUUUAAAUCCUUGGUGUACGAGUUCAUGGAAAAUGGAAGCUUGGAGGACUGGUUGCAUCCAUAUGUCAAAAUGAAUGAACUUGAGACAACAAGAAACUUGAACUUCUUACAAAGAGUAACUGUGGCGAUAGAUGUUGCUCAUGCACUCGAAUAUCUACACCAUCAUUGUGAUACAGCAAUCAUUCAUUGUGACCUCAAGCCAAGCAAUAUUCUCCUUGAUGAAGAAAUGGUUGGUCAUCUAAGUGACUUUGGCUUGGCAAAAAUCCUUUCUGCAGAAAUGCUUAACUAUUCUACUAAUCAAUCAAGCUCCCUCGGGUUAAGAGGAACCAUUGGUUAUGUUGCACCAGAAUAUGGCAUAGGAGACGAGUUAUCAACAAAAGGUGAUGUAUAUAGCUAUGGAAUUCUCUUGCUGGAGAUGUUUACGGGGAAAAGGCCGACUCAUGAUAUGUUCAAAGAAGAUUUCAGCAUUCACAACUUUGUUGUGCAAGCUUUGCCUAAUCGAGUGAAUGAGAUUAUAGAUCCCAUUCUUCUUCAAGAUCUAGCUAUUCAAGGAAAUAUUUCAAGUAUAACUCUCAAUUACAUACAUAUUCAGCACUUGAAUUCAAUUUUUGAAAUAGGACUCGCUUGUUCUGCUGAAUCACCUAGUGAGCGGAUGGACAUGAGUGAUGUUGUUCCCAAGCUUUGUUCUAUUCGAGACAAGCUUCUUUGUGUAAUUUGCUUACAUCGGAGCACCAAGCUUUAUAUGCUGCUAAAUCAGAAGGUACCUAAGGUGCCAUAA